CUGGUGAAAUCUGCUGGCAAAGACGGCAAGGAUGAGCGCCCACGGCUUUUGCACGGGGGUGUUGCUUUCCCUGGUGCUUCUGCCAGUCUUACUGGAGGCCACUUCAUUAUCGAAGGUUAUCAGUAGAAGAGCUGUGGAUGGCCUUAACAUUGACUCUGUCAAGGCCCAUAGUUUCCUGGCCAACUCCCGGCCGAAGCGCUCCCCGCCCCCGGACCCCAAGUGGUACCGCAAAACCCCAGACUUCCAGUCCUACUACCGCUACUACAACAGCAUAGGACACUACGAAGGGCUGUAUGAGGUCGACAAGAUCCGCAUCCUCUACCAGCAGAUGCGUCACCUGGAGCAGGAGUAUGGGCCUGAGGCCUACAAGUACCAGAGCCGUCUGGGAGUGGCGCCCACCACAGCUGCACCCACCACCACCACCACCACUCCCGCCCCCACCACCACCAUUCCGCCUCCGACCCUCCCGCCCUACUCCCAGGCCCCGGUCAUGUACCUGUGCAACCCCAAGGACCCCCUGUGCAAGGCCAACAUUGUCUACAUGCCCUCGGGGGCCGUGCCCAUCCUGUGCGACCCACGCCACCACCCGGCCUGCAAGCCCACUGUGGUGGAGGGCCCCCUAGAGGCGGCCAUCCCAGCUGCACCUGUGGCCCCGAAAGUGCCCGAGGUCCCUGAGGAGUCGGAGGAGGAGGAGGCUGAGGUGCCCGUGGCGGUGCCCCAACACUCGGACGCCCCUCAGGCCCCACCGGCGCUCAUCUUCAAGGGCAUGGAGUAUGACUGCGACCCCUACUGGGACCCCGACUGCUUGAUUGACAACCCGCCGCGGCCAAUCGUGGAGAAGGCUCCCGAGGUGGUCCCGCCUCCCGCUGCUCCAGCAGCCACUGAGGCGCCGCCUGCUCCACCUGCCCCGCCCACCCCUGCUGCUCCGAAGGAGGAGGAGGUGAAGGAGGAGGAAGAGGAGGAGGAGGUGGUGGAGGAGGCAGAGGCUCCAGCUGGAGACCUCACUGAUGCUGAUGCAGAGUCUUAUUUCGAUCCCUACGACUACCGCAGUGAACUCUUCAAUCCAUACCUCUACUCUGAAGAGGACACCACAGGUCCCGAGCCGGAGGACAGCCAAGCCGCAGCUUAACAGACUGUGAACGGAGUGGAGACGAGCAGAAGAUUUAGAGAAGGAAUGGUAGCUUGGAAAAAAACAAAAACAAAUUUAAAAAAACCAAAUAACAGUAAAACUGUGGAGAAAUCACGUGUUUAAUGUUUCACUCAAGUAACUGGAGAAAAUUUGUCAAAUAAACAAGAUAAAUGAACAUUCUAUCUGAAAUUCCAUUAACUAUACAUACAGUAUAUCAGUUGAAUGAAGUUUUUUUUAAAAACCCACAUCAUCUUACUCAGGCCAUCUUUUUGCAAUAAUGCAUUAGAAGAGUUAUUGUUUUUUUAUAAAUGCUCACCUUG